AUGUUCCCCUACCCGUCUGGUACUCUGCACCUUGGACAUCUCCGCGUCUAUACAAUCUCCGAUGUGCUCGCGCGAUUCAAGCGAAUGAAUGGCUAUGAUGUAAUACACCCGAUCGGAUGGGAUGCUUUUGGUCUGCCGGCAGAAAAUGCUGCAUUGGAAAGAGGAGUCCAUCCGGAAAAAUGGACACUACAGAACAUCGAGGCGAUGAAGAAGCAGAUAGAAGUUAUGGGCGGACGCUGGGAUUGGGAUCGAGAGUUUCGUACUUGCGAUCCUGAAUUCUAUAAGCAAACGCAGCGCAUUUUCCUAAUGCUCCAUAAAGCUGGUCUUGCCUACCAAGCCGAAUCCCUCGUGAACUACGACCCCGUUGAUAAAACUGUCCUCGCGAAUGAACAAGUGGAUGCCAAUGGUUGCUCUUGGAGAUCUGGCGCACAGGUACAGAAGGUUAUGCUCAGACAAUGGUUUCUGAAGAUCAAGGACUUUCAAGUGCCUCUUUUAGAAGACCUUGUCGAGCUUGAAAAAGACGGCAGGUGGCCAGAAAGAGUGCUCGCUAUGCAGAAGAAUUGGCUGGGCCGGUCAUACGGGACCAAGCUACGUUUUGAUAUCAAAGGAGCUGGAUCAUCUAUCCAGUACGACCCCGUUGAUGUCUUCACCACCAGAGCAGACACCAUUUUUGGCGUCCAAUACAUUGCACUGGCGCUAAAUCAUCCUAUUGUUCAAGCUCUAUCAACCGAAAACGAGGCGUUAUCAGACUUCAUCACGAGUGCCAAGGAUCUCCCUGCAGACUCCAAGGCCGGAUUUCUAUUACCGAAUGUUACUGCCGUUAACCCAAUCAACAAUGUGCUACGACGACCAGGAAACGAAGUGCCAAUUUUCGUCGCACCCUACGUACUCGGCGACUAUGGCUCAGGUGCAGUCAUGGGUGUUCCGGGUCACGAUGCCAGAGACCAUGCAUUCUGGCGAGCAAACGUAGCUGGGAAGCCUAUCGAGCAAGUAGUCGUCCCGGAUCAAGGAACUAAAGCUCCCCUUCUGAUCGCUGGAACUCCAGAGGAUUCUCCAUCUCUGGAGCGGGGCUUUGUCUCGGAUCACAUCCCCCUCUUCGGUGGCCUAAAAUCAGACAAGGCCGUAGGAGAGCUGGUCAAACAUCUUCAAAGGGCAGGGAAAGUUGCCGAAGAGACUGUGAAUUGGCGUUUGAGGGAUUGGUUGAUCAGCCGACAACGGUACUGGGGAACUCCGAUUCCUAUCAUUCACUGCCACUCCUGUGGUCCUGUGCCAGUCCCUGACAGCGAUUUGCCCGUUAAGCUUCCCGACCUUCCGGACGAGUACUUCAAAGGAAAGACCGGCAAUCCCCUCGCUGAAGAUCCCGAGUGGAAGAAGACAAAGUGUCCAGAGUGUGGCUCUCCGGCUGAGCGGGAGACUGACACGAUGGAUACCUUCAUGGACUCGUCUUGGUACUUCUUCCGAUAUCUUGACCCCAAUAGCUCUGACAUGAUCGUACGUCCUGGAAUCGCCAACAAGGGGAUGCCGGUGGAUCUAUACAUUGGAGGUGUUGAGCAUGCGAUUCUCCACCUGCUAUAUUCCCGGUUCAUUUCGAAGUUCCUCGCUAGCACGGAGGUUUGGCCUGAAGGCCAUCUGUGCAAAGGCGAACCAUUCCACCGUCUAAUCACCCAGGGCAUGGUACACGGUAAAACAUAUUGCGAUCCCCACAAUGGCCGAUUCCUGCGACCCGAGGAGGUCGAUUUGACAAACCCUUCCGCACCUGUCAUCAAAGCGACAGGCGAGACACCCAAAGUGAGCUAUGAGAAAAUGUCAAAGAGCAAAUACAACGGUGUGGAUCCAGGAGUCACCAUUGCGAGGUACGGCGCCGAUGCUACUCGAGCACACAUGCUAUUUCAAGCACCUGUCAGUGAUGUACUUGAAUGGGACGAGUCCAAGAUCACUGGUGUUGUACGAUGGCUCUCGCGUGUGAUAAGAUUGUCUAGCAGUCUUUCUUCAUCACUCACGCCCAUGUCAGCAUCUUUUACCCCGCCGCCAGAUAUUGACAUCUCCACUCUUGAACUGCUCAAACACCUCCAUGAGCACGGAGUUCUUGAACCAUCAAAAGAUCUCAUCUCAUCCCUCCAUCCAGACGAACAAGUAUUAUGGAUCAAGAUCCACGAAAUCAUCGCAAGCGUAACAACAUCAUACUCAGAAACCUACUCCUUAAACACCAUCAUCAGCGACCUCAUGACAAUGACCAACCUAAUCUGGGACACGGAGCGUUCCUCCCCUGCGGCAUUUCACCUAAAAUACCUCGCAACCUCCCACCUCCUCCGCAUGCUCGCUCCCAUCGCCCCCGCCGUCGCUGAAGAAGGCUGGGAGAUCCUCCAACGCCACCUCCCAACCUCCCACUCACUCAGCUCCAGCAAAACACCCUCCGUCUUCGACGCCGGGUUCCCCCGUGCGGACAGGGACAUAGCGUCAUUGCUCCGACCACGCAUAACGUGCGUCUUCCAAGUCGACAGCAAAAUCAAAUUCAGGACCGACAUUGAGCAGCCGGAGAGCACAAUCCCGGCUACCAGAACCGACCUCCUCGCCAGCAAGAUUCUCCCCGAGAUCCUCGCAACAGAGUCGGGCAAAGAAUGGCUCGCGCCUGAGAAAGGAAAGGUCUGGAGGGCUAGCUGGACCAGCGAACGACAUGAGAAGUUUCCCGGUAUACCUAGCGAUUGGAACAUCGUCAUUGUAGGCGGUGGAAAGCUUGUGAAUCUGAUCAGUCCGAAUAGAGAGAAGGGGAAGGUUAGGCCGGAGGUUGCGGCUGUGCUGAAGCAGAAGAAUGGGUCGGAGGAAGAGUUGAAGGCGAGUUUCAAGUUGAGGGAGGCUGUUGUGAAAAGCUAG